GGGAAGGCAACAUCAUCAGAAAUUUCCACGGUCUCCUCGGAAAAAUCCCAAGGUUCCUGCCACAAGCACUGUUACACCAGCCACAACUGGACACUCUUCCAUUAUGGCAUCAACUUCCUCUGUCAGGCCAGCCACUCUUACUAUGCCACAACCACUGACUGAAACAGCAGCAGCUGCCUCAGCUGGUACCAGUUGGACUGUCCAAACAGAGAACAUGCAAAUUGAGCUGCCAUCUGCACUUAGGGCAUCCACACCACCAUCCUUUAGGAUGAAUACCCCACCCCCGACUACUGGAGUGGACCCGGAUACCCCAAAGAAAGGUAGCAAGCGCAUGGCAAAAGACCAAUCUCGCCUAGACCCAAAUGAAAUCUGGAAUCCAUCAAGAGAGGAGAUCUCUCAGCAUGUCCUUGGAAUUAACCUCUGUGUUAGCUGCUGGCAGAACGGCCACAAAGCUAAGAGAUGCCCAGAUAGAAAAGAGGCUUUUGGAGGCUACUAUACAGAAACUGUACUGAAGCACCCAAAUUUCCAGCCACAUCUGGAAGAAUGGAUACAGUUUCGCAAGAGGACGGGCAAGCCCUGGAGACUGGAAAAUCACACAGUGGAAGCCCUGGUGGUUAUCCCUCCUUAUUGCUUUAAAUGCAAAACA